UUUUACCAGCCACAUCACGGAGCAAAAAACUUCCGCUCUCUCUGAUAAGCUGAUAGAUCAACUAGAAUAAACGUGACCACCUGAUCACCUGGCCAUUUCGUUUUUGUGUUGUCAAUAUUUUGUAAAAUUUCUAUGGCUAAUCUUAUAUUGCAAGUAGUUGUAAAUUAAUAAUUAAAUUUGUAACAAUUUCAUUACUAGUAUCAAGUUUAGGAGAAUUUAGUCAUGUGGGCAGACACAGUUCUAAUUUUGUUCAUUAGUGUAUGCACUGCUCUUCUGGGUGAAGGUUUAACUUGGUUAAUGGUUUAUAGAACUGAAAAAUAUCAAAAACUAAAAGCUGAGGUAGAAAAGCAAAGUAAAAAAUUAGAAAAAAGAAAAGAAGCUCAUGGAGAUUCAUUGGAUAAGCAGCAAAAGAAAAAAAUUGAGAGAGAGGAAGAAAGACUAAAAAAUAAUAAUAGAGACUUGUCACUUGUCAAAAUGAAAUCAAUGUUUGCUAUUGGUUUUGCCUUUACCGCACUCCUGAGUAUGUUCAACAGUAUUUUUGAUGGACGUAUUGUGGCUAGAUUGCCUUUUGUUCCUAUAAGUUGGAUCCAAGGUUUGUCACAUAGAAAUUUAGCAGGUGAUGAUUAUACAGAGUGUUCCUUUAUAUUUUUAUACAUUUUAUGUACAAUGAGUAUAAGACAGAAUAUUCAAAAAUUACUUGGUUUUGCUCCAUCUCGAACAGCUAGCAAACAGAGUGGCAGUAUAUUUGGUCCACCACCUCAACAAUUUAAAUAAAAAUAGAAGUACAAAACCAAUUUAAUUUAGUCUAUUUUACAAAGCAAUUAUGGAUGGAAAAAUGAAUGAAUAUGUAUAGAGAGAUUGUGAAAUAAUUAACUUGGGGUAAUAAACAAAACAAUUUUUUAUUUAUUUACAAAUAG